UGCCGUGGACACGAUCCGAACCCCCACCACGUCGACGGCGUGAUUCAUCAGCUGAUUCUGGAAUUAAGUCCAUGGCUUCCAAGCGUCGUGAUUCGAAAUCGGCUCAGCCAGAUUUCCGAGCGGAAUUUUCGAAUUAUUUUGAACGAAGGGAUUCAACUAUUAUUAUACCAACAAAAGAUAAACGUAUGAAACGUCGUAGUUCUGAAGAAAAGGAACGUAGAGAUUCAGUUGAUGGUACUAGACAUAGACGUGAUUCCAUAAUUGCUCAGCCACCACGCAUUGUAGCAACACACAGGAAGCGACGCAGCUCUCCACCUCCACCUGCUGCACCAUCUUUCGUAGAAGUAUCUUCCGAUCCGGGUCCUUCGACUCAACCACCAUCGGUAACCGUAGUCACUGUCCACGAACCAAGCCGAUCUGACGGAGAAUGCCACCCUAUGACUAUGCCUACGAUUAUAACGUCGGCUGUGACACCAUCACCGACCUCACCAACAGUACCGAGAGGUCGCCGAGACUCGACUACACAGUGUGGUCGGGCGAGACGAGAUUCUCGUGCAGCUGCAAGCCCGGAACGCCGACUGGGCAGACUACAAAGACAAGCUACAGCAUUCGAUGAUCCGACUGGUCCUCCUGGAGCCAGGCGAAGGGACUCUGGUCCAUCCUUAGGUCCCGAUGAUGAAGGAAGAGUUAGAAGAGAUUCUCUUAGUCCUGAUUCUGCUGCUCGUCCAAGACGUGACCGUUCACAAUUAAGUCCCGACCGGGCAGGUGGUGGGGAAUUGAGUCCUUCGGCAGCCCGUCGCCGAAGCAGAUUACGGCGUCAAGCUUCUUGUGCAAGAAUGGGUAGGGCUAGAAGCCCAGAAUCCAGUUCAUGCUCCAGCCGGGAUCCAAGCCCGUGUGCACGUCCUCCGGAGCGCACUAUGAUCCGGAGGCAAUCGACAACAGAAGAAAUAUUAAUUGCUCGCGGUUUUCGACGACAAUCUACAACCGAAGAGAUGAUAAGGUGCCGAAACUUUAGACGACAAAGCUCACAAAGCGAUGACGCUUGCAUGCGAGCACGCGGUCGACGCGAUUCAUCAACACAAAUAUUGGACGGAACGAUAGGAACUAUGACUGUUGAGACAACAAGCACAUUCUUCGAUUCCAGCACGCAAACAGAACCGUCUCCGCUGUAUGACAACAACCACUAUCAUGAGGAAUGUCUCCGUUGCAACUCCUGCGGACUGAAUCUUACUGGACCCAAUCAGAAGCGCGCACGCCGUUUCAAAAAUCAUAUUCUGUGCGACCUGCACUUCGCCGACGUAGCGCUGAUGGAGUGCAGCGAUUUCAUGCAGCAACUACGCAGCUUCAAACCACAAUCGCUGGGCUGCGCCGUCGCUAGGCGCAAGUCUUCAACUACCCUCAUAUUCCCGUUGCCACCUCAGGCCUGUUCAGAUGAAUUUUGCGAGGAGUACCCUCACAAUCUGAUACCGACACCCGGCUACUGGAUCGAGUGCUCGCGUCAGAAGAUAGCGAGCGAUACUAUUUGGGACGAGUCUGAAUCCGAACAUGACAGUGGACCCGAUCGUGAAAAUGCAGAAGAUCGCCACGGAAGGUCUGGCUCUUUGGAUGAAGCAGCUGAAGACAGCAGCAACGGAGGCAGCACGCCCAAGAAGAAAACUGUUAUUGAAGAACAAUGGGAAAGAUCGGGAGGCUUCGAACUUACCUCAGUCGAGCAGGAAACAUACGAAAAGUACUUCUACGGCACAGAACAUUGGAACUAUUUUACUAAUGACGAGGAUCUCGGACCCGUCAUACUUUCUAUUAAACAGGAGACACUCAACUCUAGAGAUCAGUUCAGGAUCCUGGUCCGAGCGAUUAGCUACACAGUUCAUGGACUAAUUCCCGCAUCGUGCGUCUUCGCUGACCGUUACAAUCGUGAAGAAGUGGUCCGCUCUCUUGGCAAGGAAGUCAACAUCAACCCACCACUCAUGUUGGGACAGCUGCCUGAUACUCCCGAAGAAUUACUGAAACUUGAUCAGGUGUUCAUAAAGUCGGAAUUGAAAGUAGGAGUUAUCUACGUAAAAGAAAAUCAGUACACGGAAGAAGAAAUACUGGACAACAACGAGAAUUCUCCUUUAUUCGAAGAAUUCUUACAGGUCAUGGGAGAGAAAGUACGGCUUAAAGGAUUCGAUAAAUACAAAGGCGGCCUCGACACAGUACACGACUUGACUGGCUUGUAUUCAGUCUACACCAACUGGAGGAGUAUCGAGAUAAUGUUUCACGUCUCCACUCUCCUGCCUUAUGAGAGACAUGAUCCUCAGAAGCUGCAAAGGAAACGCCAUAUAGGCAAUGAUAUCGUAUGUGUCGUCUUCCUUGAAGCGGAUAAUACAUCCUUCUCACCGGCAUGUAUCAAGAGCCACUUCUUACAUACAUUCAUUUUGGUUCGAGUGUCGGCCAAGAUUAAACGUCGACCGACAAGGUACGAAGUAUCUGUAGUGACGCGGGACGAAGUGGGUGCCUACAAGCCAUACCUUUGGGAACAAAGCGUCUUUGAUAAAGGUCCCAUGUUCAGAGAAUGGUUACUAACAAAAAUUGUGAAUGGCGAAAGAGCGUCGUACUCGGCACCGAAAUUUGCAAGAAUGCAAGAAAGAACACGCAGUCAGAUGCUGGAAGACAUUGUCGCUAAUCUACAGAAUCACGCAGAAACGGGGCAAAUACCGAAGCCUUAUCGAAGAGGUUCUUGGCGGCCAAUAGGGCAUAUGAGACCCUCUUCGCCUCUUCUAGAUUCCGUGAGAGAUCAAUUCGAAGAUUAUGAUCAACUUGCUAGAGACUUCACCCGAGUUUUCCUGAAUAAUGAAUUGAACACGGCAACAAACGCACAACUUUUCGACGUCGUUUUUCUUGUGGGGCAAUCAAAACAGAAAACCAAAUUUAUUGGAGUACGGGCCAUCCUUGGCGUAAGAAGCAGGGUUUUCCAAGAGAUGCUGUACGGCAUUCAGACAGGCUUCGGGUCUCCUCAAGUUCCCGUUGCCGAGUUACUAGCUCGGCCAGCGCCUACACUUUUGUCUCCAACUCCUGCGAGGCAGAAGAGCAGCAACUUCUUGCAAGUUCCGGACAUCGAAUCACCAAGGCCAAAAAGCGUGCCAAGUUCCCCGAUGGUGAAGCGCGCGUUCUCCCGCCUCGGUACCAUCACGGCGGGCUGGGGACGAUCCAUCAGGAAACAACACUCGCAACUAAAUGCUGAUGACAAGAAAAGAUGGGCCAGUUCCCAAGAUUGCUCCAAUAAAGAAGGAAAAGAAAAGGAAAAAGAGAAGAAUGCAGCUCUAGCAGUACCCAGGCUAUCUGUAUGCGCGGACGCGCAAAAAGUGGACCGAGCGAAAUUAGCACAAACUGAGUUCUCUAUUAUCGAGUUCGAUCCGGAUACAUUUCGCAUUCUCCUGGACUACUUGCACACGGGCAGUUGUCCUCUAACCUGCGCGUCGAUCCCGGGACUGAUCUGCGCUGCGGAACACUACGACCUUCCUGAACUGCUGCAGGCCUGCUUCCAUCACGCGAAGCAAUUCCUCAGGAUAGAAGUGGUGUGCACUAUGCUGAUAUCUUUAGAAAAUUAUUAUUGGCGAUACACUUCAGCCUCUGAAUUGGUAAACAUGAUCCUUGCUUUCAUCGAGCAGCGAGCGUACGCUCUUUUCCAGACAUCAGAGUUCCUCAAUCUCUCCGAGUCUAUGGUGCAAAUGAUCAUGUGCCGCAACCUAGAAGUGCCCGAAGUAAGGAAAUUCGAAGCCAUGCUCGGCUGGGCCAAAAACAAAAUCAAAGCAAAGUCCGCCAACAAGACUGACGCCAAAAAUGAAUUUAAAUGCAUAAUGGAGAGGCUGGCACGAGACUUGAAGCUGUACAGGAUUUCACCACAAGAGCUGAUCAAAGUGGUGCUCCCAUCGAAGGCUAUAAAGAACGAACAAAUCCUCGAGACGCUGAUGUACCAGGCCAACUCCGGGAUGUACCGGAUCCAGGACAGCUACAUCGAGGCCUGCCAGCAACGCUUGCAGAAGCAGGACUCGAGGUUCUCGGAGUUUGAGAGUUUCGACUACGGCAUUUAACUUGGAGCUGUGAGGCAUAUCAGUGUAUUAGGUAGAUAUGAGCGAUCACGCCGAGCCCUUCUCUAUAUGGUACGUUGACGCCUUCUAAAGUAUUAUUGUUGUAGAUCAGCGGUCGGGAACCGGGGUGAAUUACCCCAAAUGGGGUAAAAUGAAAUUUUGGGGAAUAAAAAUGAAACUUUUGUGAGUAAAAAGUAUAUAUUGAAGUGAAACUUCUUUAGAAUCGUUGUGAUUUCAAACUCGAUGAAACGAAAUGAAAUGAAACGAAAAAAUAAUCUUUUUUUUUUCAAAAUUAUCAUGGAGUCUAUGAAAGAUGCUAAAAAAAGCGAUUUCGCUUUUUUUGUUCUUCGUCAUGAGGUAAUAUCAACUUACACAAAAAUAUUUUCGGGUAAUAAUUCAAAAAGUUCCCCGACCGCUGUUGUAGAUGUACCUACUAAAAUACUAGUAGAUAUGCGAGAAAUAUUUGUACACUUCUCGUAAACGUAUUCCUUGUUGUUAUUCAUUGAUACCUAUAUAUUUUUUACAUCUAGCUAGAUGUGUUCAGCAUAAUCAUCUAUAUUUUUGGUACAAAAAAUUUGCAUCGUAAUAUUCAGCCAAAACUAUGUGUAAUCUAUUAUGUAACUAAAUGUUGUAUAUGUCGAUGUAUCUAUUAAACGUGUGUCCCUCUCUGUGAUCCGCUAAGUAGGUAUAUUUUCUAACUUUUAAAUUAGUAAGUAUUAUUUAGUACACUUAAAAUCUUUAUAUAUAUAUACAUACAUAUAUAUAUUACAUUACGUUAACACGACACUGUCGGUAACUGUCGCAUAUGGUUAAAAACUGUAUAAACCUUUCUAAAUAAGAUUUUGAAGUAUUUAUACCUAAUUAAAAUGAAAACGUUUAUAAAAAUAAUCGAUUAAAACACUUUAUUCGUGUUUUUUUUUUUGUGAUGGAAACAAUUUCUCGAACAGCACUACAAUAUCUUAUCAUGACUUAUCGAUCGUUGCAGUCCACUUUUGUAUGUGUAAGAAACGUGAACCAACCAGCUAAUGAGAGAGAAACGUGUAAGUACUGUUCUAAAAUUGCAACCAUAGUACUAAAAUUAAUGAAAAGUUAAAUCUAUAUUGUUGAAGAAGCUCGCCGGAGCACUAAAUUUAAAAUAACUUACUUACUAGCUAAAAUAACGAAUAAGAAUAUUUGGAAACACAAAGCUGCCUCAAUAUUAUUAAAGUCUAAGCAUCUGAUAUCCGUUGAUCUCUUAUUUUAUUUAUCACUAUAUUCCCAACUAAAUUUAUUGUUUAUAAAAACGAUCUUUCAUAUAUUCUGCACUUAAUAACUAAUGUGUAUAAUCAAAACGCUUUAAAUAUUGUGUUGUAUCACAUUAUGUACCAAUGAUAUACGCUAGAAAUACGGGCCACUAAUUUCCGAGAUAUUUCAAAUCGAACAAUAAAAUCGAACUAUUCAUUGAACUACAUUCCUUUCGGUCCUAACUACGUCACAAUCGAUCGUUCUCAUUAAAUACUAUCAAAAUUUAAUCAAUGAUAUGAAGAUAAUCUAUUAGGGUCUGACCACAUCCACGCGACACAAGGCAACGCCGCGCCCUUAUGUGAUUUAAGCCAUAAUAUACAAUACGAUUAUAUGAGGCGUAAUGCUUUUUUUAUUGCUCUUGUAGGCAAACGAGCAUACGGCCCACCUGAUGGUGAGUGGUUACCGUCACCCAUGGACUUCUGUAAUGCUAGGGGCAGAGCCAAACCGCUGCCUACCGUUAAGUACUCUCCACAGGCCUCGUUUGAAGAAGGAUAUGUCAUAGCGCUCGGGAAACACCGUGGAGGGGAGCUCAUUCCAAAGCCGGGUGGUACGUGCAAUUGCCGCUUAAAUUGCAAUGCUCGAAAACAUACUGUCACUACAUAGUUUCAGUAUUUAAACAAUAUCGUAUCGUAUCUAUGAGAAACGCGUACGAACGGGGGCGUAUUCUCGCUGUUUGAUCAAAAGUUCAAAUUUAACCGCGGUUUGACUUCUUUUUUUGUUCUUAUGAUGUAGCGAUAUCAUUCCACCUUGUAUUCAGUAUGUUGUUUUUGACAAACGAUAGAACUCCGGAUAAUUUGGUGAAAAUAUUCAUUUGUGUGUGAUUACUUGAACCACGAUAAUGUUUUUUAUUGCUUUUAUCAUUUAGCAAUUUGCAUGUUGCUCAGCCGUUACCGGAGCCCAUAGAAAUCUAUAAACAUAUCUCCUGACGGUUCAAAGUCGUACGAUUAUAAUGUUUCGAAGUCGGUACAAUUUUUUUUAUUAAUUAUGUAUCAAACAUACACACAAACACACGAAUGGCUUCCGUAAUGCAGUAUAAAAAUAGUGAUUACAACUCGUGUUUUAAAAUUUUGGUCAAUCGACACCUACUAUCUUUAUAACAUAUAAACGACCUUCCCAUAUCUACCGCUAAACAGUAACGCGCUCCCAAAUUAAUGGGUAUUUAAACGGCAAUUAAUAAAUAUUAAUUUACUAUAAUAAAUUUAUGAGGGCUAAGCUAGGCCUUAUGUUCUCGUGUCUAUGAGCUCUCGUGGCCAUUGCACACCCGGUUAGCCUGAGAUUUGGUCAUACACUCGACGACUGUGGUAAAAUUAUAAACUAUAAAUAAUAUUACAACGGAUAUGGUGAUUGAGCGACGGCCCGAGCCACGUAUCUUUUAUAUUUGUCUUUGGUUAAUCAAAUGUGUGUGUUUAAUCCACCACACCCGAAUAUGUGUGUUGUCCAUUGAAUAUUAUAAUCUAAUACAGAUCUGUGCCGUACUAAGCUUAUAAUUAUUUAUUAUUUAAAAAAAUCUUAAUAUCGCCAUAUACUGAUUUGUAGGUACAAAAAAUUUCAAUAUCUUAUAACACUUUUAGCGUGCAUCAGAGGUACUUUAUAAGAGUCUAUUGUGCAGUCUGUUUCUAGGAUAAAUUUUAACCUAACUUAUGAUGAUGGACGUACAGACUGCAUAGCUAUAGUUUAUUAUAUAUUAUUAUUAUUAUACUUAUAUGUAAUUUAGAAUUGUUGAGUCGACCUCUUGAUAGGUAAAUGUUUACUUUGUAUUGAACGUGAAAUAUGUAAUGUUAUUAAUGUGAACAUUUUCUGAACCAAAUGUUUUAGGAUGGUUAAGAUCUAAGUAUUUAGUCGAGUUUGCCCAAACAAAGACCUGUUUCACCGAAAUAUAUGCUAUGAAUUUUAAAUGUAAUUGACGUGAUGAUUAAUUGUUGUGGAUAUAAUCAUUCUUUGUAUCACUUCCGAGUCGAUGUAAAUAAUGGUAGUUACUUCAAAAUUUGACCCUUAUCUGUUAAAUUAGACGUCAUGAAAGCUAGGUUAGUUACUUAAUAAUAUCAAGCUCUAUGUAGCAGUAUACCAAUUUAUUUGUUGUUUAUUGUAGGUCAAUAAUAUUUUUCUGCACACAACAAUAUACCAAACCAACACCUUUCGAUAUGUUUAUUGUAUUAAAUAAUUAUUAAUACUUACAAUGUUUAUUCAAAUAAAAUAAAACAUUAAUAUUGGAUGAAAGCUCUUGUGAAUGUGAAGCGGGUCUUUAAACUUACAUGGAUCAUUUACAUUUAGGUGUUGAAAAAAUUACGUAGCCUAAAAAUUAUAAUGUUUAUAACACUGAAAAAUGAAACAAGCAAACGUUGAAUUGUUCGUAAUUUUUACACUUUUGAAACUAUACAAAGAGGUUAUUAAAAUUUUCAAAGUGAAAUCGUUUCGUUCGCCAUGUUUUGCUCAAAGCUUGUAAAAUUCUAUAAAUGAAAAUUAAUACGAAAUUGGGUGUCACAUAAAAAAUAAAUGUAUGGUGUCGUGGGACACCGGAUAGGAACGAAGUUUCUUAUUAUAAAAAUAUUAAUUUUAAGUUCUAUUCGAGGUAUAAAGAAAAUAAAACUGGAGGUUUCGCAACAACCCACGGUCAUUCGGUAACGUGCGAACUUAUUGUGGUACACUUCAUUCACGGUUGUUUGCAUAAGAGUUAGUGUAUUGCGCAAACAAACGCUCUGAGAUCGUGGUCAAUGAAUGUUAAAAAAAUAUGUUAUUUUUUGUACGUUAUUACAAAAUUAAGUCGUACACUGUGCGCAUUACUAAUAAAAAUUACUAAUAAAAAUACGUUACGGACGUUUUUUCCCGGUUAGGGUACCCCUCCGCAUCGUCCCAUAAGGAACUUCGUUCCAAAAAAAUGUAUUGCAUGCGAAUAUUUUGUGUCACGUUAUGAGUUUACUUAUAUAAUAAUACUCAUACGUAUGCUGUGUGUUUAGGUUUAAUUUGUAGUAACACCAAAAUUAUUAAUAGACGUGAAAAGCUCUAUGAAGUUCAAAUAAGUUUUCUAUUCCAAAAUUUUAACCUUCCUGUGAUCGUGAGUGUUGCUAUAAGUAUGUUAAUACGUGGAAUCUUGAGAUAUAUAUCUAACUAUAACUGUUAUUUUGCAUGAGCAAGAUUAAUAUCCAAAAAAAUAUAUUAUGUGGUCAAUAAAUUUUUUGUGUAUUUAUUGUUGAAA